AUGUCGGUGUCAAAAUUGCAUCACGUUUUUAUCCAGUGUGGUGAGAGAGACACAGGACGGAGAACGGCUGCACUAGGACCUGCUGAAAAAAUUAACAUUGAUGGUGGAAUCAUUCUCACACCCCUAUAUGCCAUAGAGGACUUGUCGGGCUGUAAGAUUGUUGGGGUCAGCUCAUCUUAUCAAGAACCGUGUAGGAUUGGUAUGGGCUUCCCCUACCCAAGUGGAUUCUUUUUAAACAAUCUCUGGAGACCUGUAUUCUGCAACUUAACCAUUUUUCCAGCUGAACAGAUCAAAACUUGUCUAAAAGGCAAACUAAUAUAUCUGAUGGGAGACUCUACUCUGCGCCAGUGGUUCCUGAACUUAGCUCAGAUUCUGAAAAGUCUCAAGAAUUUGGAUCUUCACAGAUCUGGAUUGGAAUCAAUGCUUCUAGCUAUAGAUAUGGACCAGAACAUCCGGUUGCAAUGGAAAAAGCACAGUCACCCAAUUGUAGCAAGUCAUUUUUACUUGGUCAAAGAUGAUGCAUACAUUAGUGAGGAAAUAGACCGUCUGGCUGGAGGUCCAGAGACUGUCAUUGCCAUUACACUGGGGCAACACUUCAGACCAUUUCCCAUCCUCCUUUUCAUCAGGAGGGUGAUAAGUGUACGCAGAGCUGUAGAACAUCUAUUGCUCCGCAGUCCAGAAACCAAGGUUAUUAUUAAGGCUGAAAAUACUCGAGAAAUAAGCACUAAUGUAGAGAGGUUCAGUGACUUUUAUGGGUUCCUCCAGUAUAUGAUUGUAAAAGAUCUCUUCCAGGAUCUCAGUGUUGGUGUUGUUGAUGCCUGGGAUAUGACAAUUGCUUCUAAUUCAAACAAUGUACAUCCAUCAGAUAGUGUUGUCAGAAACCAGAUCAAUUUGUUUCUAUCAUACAUUUGCUAA